AGCUCGGAGGAGGAGGAGCCGGAUGGACGAGCCCGGCCCAUACAGGUGCUGCUGGUCAAAGACGACCACACCUUCGAGCUGGACGAGGUGGCGCUGAGCCGCAUCCUGCUGGCGGAAGAGGUCAGGGACCGAGAGGUGGUGGCCAUCUCUGUGGCUGGAGCGUUCCGGAAGGGCAAGUCCUUCCUCAUGGACUUCAUGCUGCGCUACAUGUACAAACACGCAUCUGAAGACUGGCUCGGAGACGCAGACGAACCUCUGACCGGCUUCUCCUGGAGGGGGGGCUCCGAGAGGGAGACCACCGGGAUCCAGGUCUGGAGCGAGGUCUUCCUGGUGGACAAGCCGGACGGAAGAAAGGUGGCCGUGUUGCUCAUGGACACACAGGGCACGUUCGACAGCCAGUCCACGCUGAGGGAUUCGGCCACCGUGUUCGCACUGAGCACCAUGAUCAGCUCCAUGCAGGUUUACAACAUCUCUCAGAAUGUGCAAGAGGACGACCUUCAGCACCUGCAGCUCUUCACCGAGUACGGCAGACUAGCGAUGGAGGAGACGUUCCUCAAACCGUUCCAGUCCAUGAUUUUCCUCGUCCGAGACUGGAGCUUCCCGUACGAGUUUCCCUACGGGCAAGAAGGAGGCAUGAAGUUCCUCGAGAAGAGGCUGAAGAUCUCCGAGAACCAGCACGAGGAGCUGCAGAACGUGCGUAAACACAUCCACUCGUGCUUCACCAACAUCUCCUGCUUCCUGAUGCCUCACCCCGGCCUCAAAGUGGCCACCAACCCCAACUUUGAUGGACGGAUCAUAGAGAUCGACGGCGAGUUCAUAAACAACCUGAAGGUUCUGGUGCCGUGGCUCCUCAGUCCUCGCAACAUCGACGUGAAGGAGAUCAACGGCAGCAAAAUCACCUGCAGAGGCCUGGUGGAGUACUUCAAGGCGUACAUCAAAAUUUACCAAGGCGAGGAGCUUCCACAUCCAAAGUCCAUGCUUCAGGCCACAGCAGAGGCGAACAAUUUGGCCGCAGUAGCAGCCGCAAGGGAUCUGUACAACAAGAAGAUGGAAGAGGUGUGCGGCGGGGACCGGCCCUUCCUGGCUCCCAGCGAGCUGCAGGCCCGACACGGCGCCAUCAGGGAGGAGGCCCUGCAGGUGUUCCGGGUGGUGAAGAAGAUGGGCGGCGAGGAGUUCAGCCGCCGCUACCUGCAGCAGCUGGAGGGCGAAGUCGACGAGGUGUUCGUCCAGUACAUCAAGCACAACGAUUCCAAGAACAUUUUCCACGCGGCCCGGACGCCGGCCACCCUGUUCGUGGUCAUCUUUGUGAUGUACGUGGCGGCGGGCAUCACGGGCUUUGUGGGCGUGGACGUCAUAGCCAGCCUGUGUAACAUGAUCCUGGGCCUGGCGCUGAUCACGCUCUGCACCUGGGCCUACAUCCGAUACUCCGGGGAGUACCGGGAACUCGGCGCCGUCAUCGACCAGGUGGCCGGUGCAUUGUGGGACCAGGGGAGCACAAAUGAGGCUCUCUACAAGCUGUACAACGUAGCGGCCAAUCACAGGCACCUGUAUCACCACGCCUUCCCCGGCGGGCCGCGGGCCUCGGGGGAGGUGCCGGAGGAGGAGGAGGAGGAGCAGAAGAGGGACUGAUUAGAUGAGACAAGAGUUCGGCGGGGGACAACCUGGUGAUGGGCGGGAGGAAGAGGAGGAGGGAGGAGGGACUUCCUCACCCACGAGGGUAACCAGCCAAUAACAGGUUAUCGUGCUGCCCGGCAACACGUCCACUACUUUAAAACCGAAAAGAGGAGGGGGGCUCGUUAAUGUCCACGUGGAGGCAGCGUCGGAGCGUCUUCCGUGUGGAUGGACGACAUGUUUCAUUGUCCGUGAUAUCAAAUAUCACCCGUACCGAUACCGCCGACUCGGCAUAUCCAACCUCCAGUCAGCUGUCCAUUUCAUUUUAUUUAAAAAAAUUGUUUUCUUCACUUCACGCAACAUUGACUCUCAAAAGUAUAGCCGCACCCGUGACGUCCCCCAUCUGUGACGAUCGUUCCGUUCUUUGAAGUUUCCGUGCCGUUUUGUUCGAUAACAAACAAUAUUCUGUGAUCCAAUGCGACGUUUUUUUGAAAAAGCCAAAAAUAUGUACCGUGUGUUUUAAAUAAUGAAGCGUUACAACAAGCGCCAUCGGCAUGGUAAGUGGUUAAUGUCUGUCACCUUUAAGCUCUUAGAACAGCUAUACUGUGUAAAAAGAAGAAGAAAAAAAAAAGAAGAAGUUUGAAUAGUUGUGACAAAGUGGUAUUGUGCCAUAUUAAUAACCUCACACCGACGCAGCCCGGCUAUCACGCCGACUCAACGGCACAUUUAUUAGUGUACAGUUUCUUUUGGACGUAUAUUUCUGCAUCAGGGAGUUUGUGCUGGUAUUUUAUUUUAUUUUAAUUCUUUUUAACCCUCCUGUUACCUUAGGGUCAAUUUGACCCCAUUCAAUGUUUAACCCUCCUGUUACCUUUAUAUUUACUGACAUAUUUUACCCUCGGGGUCAAUUUGACCCCAGCAAUUAAAACCUCCAGAAAAUUAUUAGAAUGAAUAUUGUUUCCCAAGUUUAAGUGUGAGGUACUUUAUGUUUGUUUGUUGACUACCAAAAUAGCCCUUUAAAUAAAUAAUAAAAGUUUAUAUUUCUUAUAUGUUUGACACAGUGAAAAACAGCCUGGGGUCAAAUUGACCCGAAAGAACACCGACAUUAAACAUUGAAUGGGGUCAAAUUGACCCGAAAGGUAACAGGAGGGUUAAAGGGACACUUCAAAGUUCACACAACAUGGCUGAUGUCUAUCUCUCCCCCGCGCGGUGACAUAGAGGAGGCGGGCGGUCGAGCAUUGUUGUGUUUCCCGCCGAAUGUUCGAGCAAAUCCGAGGAAUGUAGCUUCUGUGGCCACCGAGGAAUCAAACAUGUUGUUAUUAGGCGGGGCGACGGGCCCGCUCUAGAAAGAGAGAGGGGGGGGGGGAGAAAAAAGAAAAAAAAAAUUCCUCAUUCCACAUCUCUUUCAUCAUCUUCACACACUUAAGUUGACUCACGUGUGUGAAGAGCCGUUGCGUGGCGAUGGAGUUUUGUGGUGAUUGUUCGUAAACUCGCCGAAUAACCCGGGAUCAUCGUCCGCAUCACAUCCAGCUGCGAGCGCCGAAGAUGUGGUUUUUUUUCUUUUCCCUUAAUCUUUUCUGGUCACCAACAGUACAGGAACAGUCAUGCAUUUUUAGUAAGUUGAUCCUGAGGUUUGACCUCAAGGGUUGGAAGCGUAGCGGCACUGCGGCUUCUCCAGUCUUCCACGAUGUAUAAUCAACGUCCGCGAGGCCUUCAAGUCCACUUUGAGAUUCGUGAGGUUUCCGAAAUGCCAUUUCAUUCUUCUUCUUCCGUAAAGUAGCAUUAUUGUGUUCAUGUUUAAGCUCGAAAAUAGUCAAACUGAAGAUUUUCAUCUGUAAAAAGCAAAUGCGAUCACAACGUGGUAUUUUGGGGUUUCCCGAAGCCGCCGCCGCCCCCCCCCCCCCAUGGACUUUUAAAUCCUCUCCGGAUAUCGUGGGAGCCUCGAGUCGACUGAAAAGGUCAAAAAGGAUUCAACCUCCUCAAAGUCAACACGGCUCAGUUUCCACACACACAUACAUUGCAACAUCGCAGUUACAAGGAAAUCACUAAUAAAGUUGGACCAAAUUAACGAAAUCUAGACUUAUUUCUUUUUUUUAAAACACUUGUCUGAUGCGUGUGAACAUGGUUUGAAGUGAAAUCGAACACAGUCAGAAGUGUAUUUUUCUUCACUGCAGACUUUAUUGCUUAUGUUCUGUAUUUGCGAUCCACAAACUCAGAUAUGUACAAAGUGACGAGGCCUUCUUGCAUAGUGAAGACCUCCCUGGAACAAACGCCACUGUUCCGUGAUCAGAAACCCUCUGAGGACGUUCAGAAUUGUUUGGCUUUGUAAUCACCAACGUAAACAGAUCCCCAUUAAACACAAGUUUCCUUUUUAAACUG